AGGGGAGGGGCACGAUGUGUGUUGCCGGAAACGAGAGACUGUUUUCAGCACCGGAAGUACUGCGGCAAGGCCGAAUAUUUUAAGCGUCUUGGCUAGUUCCCUGCGGGAGGCUGUAAUGGCUAGCUCGACAGCCUCAGCCCCCUUCCUUGCGCCGCCUCUGGAGCAGCUCCGGCACUUAGCCACGGAGCUGCGGUCUCUUCUCCCUCGAGUACGGGUCGGCGAAGCCCAGGAGACAGCCGAGGAAUUUAAUCGAGAGAUGUUUUGGAGAAGACUCAAUGAGGCAGCAGUGAAAGUGUCAGGAGAAGCCACAGUUCUAACCACGCUCUUUUCUCGACUUCCACUGCCAUCUCCGCAGGAAACCCAGAGGAUCUGUGAACAAGUCCAUAUUGCCAUAAAGGAAAUUAUUGCAGUGUAUUACUCACUUCCUAAGGAGCAGGGCAUCACCCUGAGAAAGCUGGUACGGAGUGCUACUCUGGACAUUGUGGACAGCAUGGCGCAGCUCCUGGAAGUGGUUCUCAGCGCUCCACCGCAGAGCACUGAGAGCGGUGACCUUAUUUCCUGCAAUAGUGUCUCGAUCGCAUGCCAACAGGUGCCUGAGAUCCCAAAAGAUAACAAAGCUGCAGCCCUUUUGAUGCUGACAAAGAGUGUAGAUUUUGUGAAAGACGCACACGAGGAAAUGGAGCAGGCCGUAGAGGAAUGUGACCCUUACAGUGGCCUCUUGAAUGAGUCUGAGGACAACUCCAACAGCCACAGUGAUGAGGACGGUGCCCUAGGGCUUCCAAGCAAUCAGGACUCGUACUGGUCAGAGGAGGAUCAAGAGCUCAUAACCCCCUGCCUUGCAUUGGUGAGAGCAGCCCGGGCUUCCCUCAAGAAAAUCCGGGUCCUGGUGGCUGAGAAUGGGAAGAAGGAGCAAGUAGCCCAGCUGGAUGACAUUGUGGAUAUUUCUGAUGAGAUCAGCCCCAGUGUGGAUGACUUGGUUCUGAGCAUAUACCCACCUGUGUGUUACCUCACCGUGCGGAUCAGUGUGCAUGUGCUCAUGUGCAGAGGCCAGAAGAUGUUGAGUAGGCUCUGUCACUCUGAUUACCUUGAGACAGAUCACUCAGUGAACCUGGAGCUAGUCUGGCAACCAGCAAGCUCAGUGAUCUCCUUGUCUCUGUUCCCACAGCUCUGGAGUAACAGGUAUACACAUGGCAUACACAGUUUUUUUAAUGGGUGCUUGGAUUUGGACUCAUGUCCUUUUGCUUGCAAGCACUCUUAGCCACUAAGGUAUUGUUCCAUCCCAAGUCAAAUUAUUUAUAGAGAUCUGAAUUUACUGACUCAAUACCACAAUAUAUAUUAUAUAUCACAUACAUAUGUAUUUAUGAUUUAUAUUCCUUAAGUGUUACUGCCUCUAAAGUUAUGUUCUCUUAUUUUUAUGAACUCCAGUUUAUACCACUAAUGUUACUGGGAGAGAAGUGAACCUGCCAAGUAGCUUAAAUCUUACAAGAUGUAUUGGUUCUAAUAUUUGAUAAAUUACUUGGUAGAAGAUUAAUUAAUGUGCAGAACUCUUCAGGAGGACAGAUUCUUUGGAACAU